AUGGAUCGCAGCGAAGAGUUCAAAAGGUCGAAAGCGCAGUGUCUCGGCAAAGCGGACCUCAGUCGGAAGGGCAGUGUGGACGACGACGUGGUAGAGCUUGUGCAACUGCUGAACACGCAAGAUCAAUUUUUCACCACCAGUUCCUGCGCUGGCCGCAUCCUCCUCCUAGACGGGGGUGUAAAUGGUUUUGAAGUUCAGAAAAAAAACUGUUGUUGGCUACUGGUGACACAUAAACCUUGUGUAAAAGAUGAUGUGAUUGUAGCUCUGAAGAAAGCCAGUGGUGAUGCCAUUUUGAAAUUUGAACCAUUUGUUCUUCAUGUGCAGUGUCGACAGUUGCAAGAUGCCCAGCUUCUGCAUUCAGCAGCAAUAGAUUCUGGUUUCAGGAACUCUGGCAUAACGGUGGGAAGGAAAGGAAAGACAAUGUUGGCUGUCCGGAGUACACAUAGUUUAGAAGUUCCAUUAAGCCGCAAGGGAAAACUGAUGGUGACAGAGGAAUAUAUCGACUUCCUGUUAAAUAUAGCAAAUCAAAAAAUGGAAGAAAACAAGAGGCGAAUUGAAAGAUUUUACAACUGUCUACAACGUGCUUUGGAAAGUGAAACUGAUACCAGCUCACAUCCCAAGAUCAAACAGAAAAAGAAUCCAGUAUAUCUUCAUAAGAAAAAAAGAAACCCAGAGAAAGCACAUGGCAAACAUAUAACUGAACAAAAUGAUGAAGAACCGGAAUAUGACGAUGAUCCAGGAUUCAAUAUUAAUAUUUUCCCUGAAGAAUAUUAA